GUCUGGAGUCCAGCUGGUGCAGGCUGGAGGGUGAUUCAGUGACUUCCUCGUUGCGAGUCCCGGCCUGGCAGUGUCCGGACUCGCACCCCUGCUGUCCCAGCUUGGACCGCUAGCCCGAGUGUAGAUCACAGCCACAGCCCCACCCCGUCGAUCCCCCUUGCAGGCUAGGUCCUUCCCAGCGCUCCGCUAACAUGCCCAGUCCCAGCACCACCUCCUCUUUCUACCCCCUCCCCGAUGAAAUUAGGAACCUGUUGUCAGAUGUUGAAACAUUCGUAGCAGAUGUACUGAGAGGGGAAAAUUUAUCCAAGAAAGCAAAGGAAAAGAAAGAAUUCCUUAUUAAAAAGAUAAAAGAUGUAAAGGCUACGUAUCUUCAGGAAUUUCAAGACAGAGGUGAUGCAGAAGAGGAAGAAGAAUAUGAUGACCCUUUUACUGGGCCUCCAGAUACAGUCUCCUUAGCCUCAGAACGUUAUGAUAAAGAUGAUGAUGCCCCCAGUGAUGGAACCCAGUUUCCUCCAAUUGCAGCACAGGACCUCCCUUUCGUUCUAAAGGCUGGCUACCUGGAAAAACGCAGAAAAGAUCACAGCUUUCUGGGAUUUGAGUGGCAGAAACGGUGGUGUGCUCUCAGUAAAGCAGUGUUCUACUAUUAUGGAAGUGAUAAAGACAAACAGCAGAAAGGUGAAUUUGCAAUAGAAGGCUAUGAUGCCAGAAUGAAUAACACCCUUAGGAAGGAUGGAAAGAAAGAUUGCUGUUUUGAAAUCUGUGCUCCUGAUAAACGUGUCUAUCAGUUCACAGCAGCUUCUCCUAAAGAUGCAGAGGAAUGGGUACAGCAGCUGAAAUUUGUAUUGCAAGAUAUGGAAUCUGAUAUUAUUCCUGAAGAUGACGAUGAAAGAGGAGACGUGUAUGAUGAUGUUGAUCAUCCUGUAAUAAUCAGCAGCCCACCAACUAUUCAGCUAAUAGAUGAGGAAAUAUAUGAGGAGCUUCCAGAAGAAGAAGAAGAAGAAGGCAAUGUUUCUGUGAAAAUGGAAGAACAAAGGAGAGUAAGUCUGGACAGUGUGCACCACCCCUCAGCAGAUAAGAGCACAGAUUAUGCUAAUUUUUACCAAGGCUUGUGGGACUGCACGGGAGCUCUUUCCGACGAGUUGUCAUUUAAGCGCGGUGAUGUGAUUUACAUUCUCAGCAAGGAGUACAAUAGAUACGGCUGGUGGGUAGGAGAAAUGAAGGGAGCCAUUGGCUUGGUGCCUAAAGCCUACAUAAUGGAGAUGUAUGAUAUCUGAGAGUCCUGGAAGAAGAAGAGUCUUCUGGUUGUCUGCAAAUGCUUUUGAUUUUGAAGUCUCAUGAAAGCCUGGGUGACAGCUUAGAACCUUUCUUUGCUUUAUUGAAUGUCUUUGACUCUUACUUUAGUCAUUUAUUAGAGUAGUCUGAUGUGAAAUUAAAUGAGUAUUGAUGUAAAUUAGAUGCAAGCAGUAAAGUUGUACCUGUUGCUGUUUCGCAGAGAAAGUAUUACAGUUUUUAUGUACUCAUUUGAUUGUCUGAAGAGUUCAUUACUAUUUAUAUGGGCCAUACAGUCAUUGCUACUUCUAGUGUGAAUUGCACUUUCACUUAAUCAUUGGGCAUCAGUUACUUUUAGAGUGUAAUAUAUGAUUGCAUAGAAUUUUAAUUGAAAUUGUCAUGCAAAUUGUUGGUAGGUGCUAAAGAAUGUGUUAAAGCUUUAUAGAUCAUUUAGUAUUUUUUUAUGUAGUGAUGUGAUUCAAGAAAGAAAUUUUACAAAUUGGCAAAUUUAUUUCCUAGUAAAUGUAACCACAAGAAAGAAAAAAGUGACAGAAAUACAAGUGGAAGUGUGCUGUCCCUUGAAAUACUAGUGCAAACCAGAACCAUUUUUGUGCAGAGUACUUUACUGAAACAGAUAUUUUGGGUUGAUAUGGAUUUGUCAGUCCUUUCUACCACAUUUCUGUUUAAAUGUAAUGAAAUAAAAGAUUCAUAAGAAACCCUCUUCUGCCACUACAUAAUGUUGUAAACAAUCUCAAAAUAGUCUCAAAAGAAGGCAGUGUACAUAAGCACUCUUAUCAUUGUUAUGUUAUUAAAAUCCCACGGUAGCAGCAGAACUGUGGAUUGGAAUCUCCCCUGCAUUUCUCAGAGUGCUUAAAAGAAAACAAAGGUUUGGAGAGGAAAGAGUAGAAGUCGCAGUGGGAACACGCACCCACGAGUGAGAGCGAGGAGGUCAGCGACCUGACCUUGGGGGUAGAUUCAGGGCUGCAGAGUGAGAUCUGGAGAAUCUUACCACCUUUUCCUGGACUUUGAAAUCAGAAGUGUUUUAAAUACCCACGAAGUACUUGUGUGGCUUUAAUAAAUGUCAAAAUCCAGUACCAACUUAUUAUUUGGAAUAGACAUAAUCUCCCAAUACUAAUCAUUACUUAGCAAGUACUAGCUUUGUUGAAAUUUUCAAGGAAAGAUUCUACCCAUAUGUAUAAGCUGAAAACUGUUUAUAGGCAAUAUUAGAGUGUUUAUUUUACAAUUAUCCCUUAAAUGCCAUGAAAAUUCAGGUUUAGAUGUAAGGGAGGAAAGCCUAAUUUUAGGAAUUUUGAGUUAACUCGGGUUUUAUGUAUAUUGACACAUCAAGUUAAGGUUUUCAGAAAUGACAUUUGUAUAGUUGAUACCCUUUUCCUAGUAUGUUGCCAUUGAAAUAGAUGGAAAGCGCCGUGGCGAAAGUGAAACGGCAAGGAAGAUCUUAAUGGACUGUUUUUCAAAGCUGGGUGACUGAGAAGCAAAAGUAGUCUGGAAAAGUAGUGCCUGGAAUGUAAGUGGAGCUCUCGGUGCUGGGCCAGUAGAUGGCAGCAGCUUGUCAUCGCUCGCAGCCUCUCUUGGCACCCCUCCCCCACCCAGGCCGGCCGGCCAGGCAAGUGUUGGGGCAACGUGCAGGGGAAGAGUUCCGCCUUCUUUGCAGCUAAUCCAGGAGAGGGAGUCCUUUGCCAACGGAUGACCAGUGUGUACAAACCAGACAGUCUCUGAGUGGUAACUGUACAGGAAGAUGGUGUUACUUCUGUCCAGAGCUCCUCUGGCCUUUGUCCUUACACUUGUGUGUAGGUGGAAGAUGUAUGAAAGGAAACGAAAGACUAAAAUCGCAGUGACAGAAAAAAUAAUCAUCACUUUCGAUUCAUGACUACUUUGUAUUCAUUUGAUGAAAUCAUUUGUAUACAACCAGGGACAAAGUUUUCUUUACACCCUUGACGAUAUAUUACAUACUCUUCAAGAUCAUAAUAAUAUCAUUAAUGUGAAUUUAAACAACAUGGCUUGUUAGAAAAUAUGCUAAUUGUUAUGUUCUCAUUAUGUUUGCGUAGAGCUUUUAUUUGUUUUUCUAUGAACAGUUAGAGAGCUAAUUUUUUCAAAGGUGAUUGUAAGUCAUAUUUUAUAUAGCAUUUUGCUUGAUUAUUUGCUCUGUACUGAAUUUGUACUCUAUUGCCAUUAGAUCUUACAAUAAUGUUCCACUCUGCAAAUUUUUAAGGUUCAAAUAAAGUUUAAUUGUUUGCAAA